GUAAAAUCUCUAUAUUGAAGCGACAAUAUUGAAGUAAGAAAGUUAAAAUCUUGUAAUUUAAAAACAAAAUUCAAAUCUUUAAAGGCCAUUCUUGAUGAUAUGAAUAUUUUGAUUUUGUUACAUUUAACCUGUUUAAUUGCUCUAUCAGAGUCAAGUACAAUUAACCAUCAAAAGUUGGGAUUCCAAAACAUUUCACUUAGAUUUAACCAUGUUUUACCUGCAGUCGAUAAAUUUAUGGCCAUUAUUUAUUCAAACAACUGUCAAUCUUCUUGUGGUGGAGUCUUUAUUGCACCAACAGUUAUCUUAACAACGGCCAAUUGUGCUAAAAUAGGAAUUGGUAGACUUCGUGUUUAUCCCAAUCUGGAUAACCAUUUACCAGAUUGCCACUGGGAACAGAUUCCUUAUCCAAUAUUUAGGAUCAAAUUUCAUCCCAGCCAUAAUCUAACCAAUGAUGGCCUCAGCUCUGAUAAUUUGGCAUUGAUUAUUUUGUACAAUUCAGCUCAUCAAUAUGUAGAGCCAAUCGGUUUGAUUGCUGACAAUAAUACUGUUAAUCGUGCCUUCGACUCACAGGAAAACCAUUCAUUAUACUAUUGGUCUGCUAGCCAUGCAUCUAAUCUGGUUAAAAUGUCCACUUUGAUUGUUAAUUCAAGCUCAUGCCAAAAGCAUUACACGCAAACUUUACCUGAUAAAACGUUUUGUGCUUCAACUGAAUUGGUUAAUGGCAGUUGCCUUAAAGAUGAAGGAUUUCCAAUUGUUUGGGAAUCAACUCUAUUCUCAUCAUUUAUACCACCAGCACUGACACCGUCUUUAAAUUUAUCACCAUCAUCGAUACCCACGAUUCCUCAGCGCUAUUUGAUUGGAAUAAUUGCUCAUGGUUCUUGUGUAGGGGAAAACUGUAAAACGGCGAAAACGUUGAUAGCUAAUGUAACUUCCCAAAUGACUUGGAUAGUUAAUGAAUUGAGAAAUAUGUCCAUUAAUCUGGUUAAUAUUGCUCCACAUUUACCCAAUUCAUUGCCUGUUAAUGUUAACCAUGGACAAAUCCAGAUUGUUAAUAUCAAUGUUAACCAACAGCAUCAUGUAGGCAAUCAAACUAACAUUGUCAAUAUGAGUGAAAAUGUUGAAAAUAUCAAUACGAAUUUAAAUUUGGGUGAUAAUAAUCACAAUAAUAAUAACAAUAACAAUAAUUUAGCUUCUGACGGUGAUUCUAGUAGCAGUAAUAACAAUAAUAAUAACAACAAUAACAACAACGGCAAUGGUGGCGAUGACAAUAAUAACAAUAAUAAUAAUAAUAAUAACAUGGGUGAUGGUGAUGGUAGCAGUAAUAAUAAUAACAACAACAAUAAUAACAAUCACGAUGAUGAUGAAAACCAACCAGAAAAAGAUCCUGAAGGUUCUGGUAAUGGCGAAGGGCCAGUUGAGGAGAAUGGAAACGAUCACGUCGACAAUAGUGGUAAUGGCAAUGGCAAUAGCGAUGGAAGUGGUGAUGGAAAUGGUAAUAGCGAUAGCAAUGGCAGUGGUAAUGGCAUUGGUGAUGGCAAUGUUGAAUCUGAAAGUGUCGAUGAAAAUGAAGGAACCAAUUAUACUGACAAUGGAUCUGUACUGAAUAGUACUGAAUGUCACGUUGGAAAUGGAAAUGCUUGUGGAAAUAACGAUGGCAAUGGUAGUGUCAGUGGUCACGACAGUGAGGACGGCAGUGGUAAUGGAAAUGGCGAUGACAACAGUGAAGGCAAUUUUACGGCCGAUAAUGGUGAAGAUGGAAGUGUAAAUGAAAAUGGCAAUAAUUCAGGGAUUGACAUAGCAGUGGUUAAUGAGGGUGAUGGAGUUGGUGAAGGCGAUAGUAACAGCAAUGGUAAUGGCAGUGAUAAUGGAAAUGGCGAUGGCAAAGACAACGGCGAAGACAACGGCGAAAGCAAUUUUACGGCCGAAAAUGGUGACAAUAGUAAUGGUAAAGAUGGAGUUGGAAUUGCAACUGAAAAUGGAAAUGAUUCAGGGAUUAGCACAACAGUGGUCAAUGAGGAUGAUGGAGUUAGUGGAGCUGUUGAAGGUGGUGAUGGCAUUGGUGACAGCAAUGGUAUUGGCAGUGAUAAUGGUAUUUAUAAUGGAAAUGGCGAUGGCGAAGUCAAUGGCAAAGGCAAAGGCAAUUUUACGGCCGAUAAUGGUGACAAUAGUAAUGGUAAAGAUGGAAUUGCAACUGAAAAUGGAAAUGAUUCAGGGAUUGGCACAACAGUGGUCAAUGAGGAUGAUGGAUUUGGUGGAGGUGAUGGAGAUAGUGGAAGCAGUGGUGGUAGUGGAGUUAGUGUAGGCAAUGGAGGUGUUGAAGGUGGUAAUGGCGAUAUCGAUAGCAAUGUUGAUGGCAAUGGCGAAGGCAAUGGUGAAGACAAUGAUGAAGACAAUGGUGAAAGCAACUUGACGGUCGAUGGAGACAGUGGAGGAAGUGGAGGUGUUGAAGGUGGUGAUGGCGAUAAUAAAAGACCGUCUAAUAAUAACAAUAACAACAAUAAUAACAACAAUAAUAAUGUUAAUAUCAUUGAAGGUGACGAUGAGGAUGGAGAGGACGAUGGAAAUAUUGAUACGCCUGAUACUGACGAAGAUAACAAUGAUAAUAGUGAUGGGAAUGAAAAUGUGGGGGGAGGUGGAGGUGGAGGCGGCGGGUCUGGAGGUAAAGGCAAUGGCAUCGGACACAUUAUUGGAAAUAUUAUCAAUGACCAUGACUAUGAAGACUAUUAUGACUAUUACAGUUACUUUUUUACCAAAUUGAAAAAUUGGAAAAAGUCAUUCUUUUCAGUUUUGAUUAAGCAUUAAUGUAAUUUAAUUUUUUAGUUGAUUUAUCAAAUAAAAGAGUUUAAUUUUGU